AUGAACAUUUCAUUCGUAAAUUCAACGGAAACCAUUGUCGGUUUCGAAACGCCAUGGACAAGAAAUAUCAAAUUCUUUGUUUUUGUGGCACUUGAACCGCCAGCACUGCUUAUGAACAGUCUUCUUAUCUUCUAUCUCGUUGCUGAUCGAACACUUCGUGGCACUCUUCAAUAUCAUGCCGUUUUAGCAUUACUCAUCGUCACUUUUCUCACCAACUCUAUCGAAGUACCACGCAUCAUUCAUUAUCUGCACUUAGGCAUUGUUUUACCACAAACCGAUCUCAACUCUCUGUCAAUGUUCUCAUGUGUUGGACAUCGAUCGAACGAUAUCUCUUCAUUUUUNAACCAUAUGGCUGUAAACAAUAGUACAACUGAUAAUCAAAAGGUACGAAAGGCUCUUCGACGACAGACAGAGAGCGAUGAGCUAGUUCCGCUACGAAAACUUUCGGAUGAAUCAACUGAAAGAAAGCAAUUUAGUAAUAGUUCGAACUAUGAAUUAUUAUCUAGCAAAACGCAGGAAAAGCCCGCUGUUUUCAGUACUACAGUUGGAAAUGUUAUUCCAAAUGAUGAUGUUAAUCGACCAAAAGCCCAAAGUUUAACGAAAAUGCAAUCUCAAUAUAUUGUUCAAGUAUGUAAUCUGAACAGAGCGAUGUUUAUCGAUGGAGAAAAACCAAAACACAGCUUCGAAACAGUCAUACAAAUGAAAGAUGAUGUAAAGCUAAAAGCGCUUGAUUUCGAUAUAAUGAGCUUCGAUGCACACGUUACAUACACUGAACGAGCUAGUGCAUACGUGGAAAAUAAAUUAACCGGUGCGGAUUUAAGUUUAUCUUGUCCAUUCAUUGCGGUACCCGUUGAGGGCGAGAAAAGUGAAAAGAAUGCCUCUACAAGUCGAAAGAAGCAGAUUUACAUAACGUGCACAUGGGAUUGUCCACGCAUGCGAGUGAAAAUCGAUGAAGACCGUUUUGAACCAACACGAAUAUUUCUAAAUGAAGUGGAUCGAAUAUUAGGUUUGCCGAUAGAAGAACAAUAUGGUCAAUUUGAGAAACUACAUACUAAGUAUGGACAUAAAAUUGCAACAGAAGUAGUGAUUGGCGGACAGUUGUUCCAUACGGAUGUAAAGAACCAAGACAGUGUCGUCGACGUAUCAACUCAUAAGAAAAAUCUGAAAGCAGCAUUUAGUGCAUCUAUUACCAAAGUACCAAUUACUGAUGAAUUAGGUAUGACAGUUAAAGGUGGAAUCGGAGGUGGCAAACUGAGCGAAAACCGAUCACAUAAUGAGAAUGAUAUCCAAAUGAUGCAUUUUACAUUUAGAGCAACAGGUGGCGAUACAGUUUUAUGCCAAGAACCAGGAAAAUGGAUUGCAACUGUACCUGAAUAUCAUAAUUGGCGAGUAAUUGCAAUUGAAAAGCUUGAGCCUCUAUAUAAAAUGUUGGAUGAUGAACGGCAACGAAAAAUCGAAUCGGCAUUACAGCACCAUAAUACAGUUAAAUUAGCAAGCGAACGUUCUUUAAAUGAUUCUUCCGAUAUCGUCAAACUGGAAAUCACUCUGAUAGCUGACGAUAGAUUAGUGUUUAGACAAAUAUACCAGCUACUUUCCACAACCUUUCCACUGGUAGUUAGCCAAACGAAUGAAAUCCACAUCGGGACUGAUUUUUUGAAAGGUACAAAACUGUGUUAUUAUGGUACAGCACCUAGAAUCUUGAGCUUUAUUGAGAUGAUGGAUGUAUCUAUGGAUUGCCCUCGUAUGAUUUUGGAUAUCUUUUUCCCGCAUUGGAGAGAUCUCACUGAUGAUACUAUAGAACUAAUUCAUCGAACGCUCAAAUUUAAAAACACCAAAAUCGACACUAACAUUCAUAUAUCAUCAUACAAGCAAGUUUUAACAAAAACUAACACCGCAUUUUACAUCGAAUCUGAACUUCAAGAUGAAAAAGCGAUGCAGAAUGUAUGGAAACUACUCAAACAACUGGAUACACUUACAACAAUGAUCAAUGACCAUACUAUUGAUUUUUUUUACGAUCUGAACGUACUGGCUGUGGCACUGAAAACCAAUACAACAGUUCAAACACUAAAUUUGUCGAGUUGGAUUUUGAGAGAAGAACAAGUGACUGCACUGGCUCAGUCAGUUGAAGUGAAUAAAACCUUGAAAAAUUUACAGAUUUGUCUCGGUUGGCAUAAUAACACCGAGCAUUUAUUAGCAAUGACAAAAAUGUUAAAAAACAAUCGCACAUUGACAGCUUUAGGCCUUCGGGUAUGUUGUGAGAAGCAAGUUUAUGGUAUUAUAGAAGGUUUAAAACUGAAUAUGACCUUAAAACAGCUGAGUUUCAAAAUAUUUUACACAAAAAAUGCGAUGUUUCAAAAGUUAUGUGAAUCGCUGGAAAGUAAUACAUCACUAGAACAUUUGAGCUUUUGCCGUUCUGGAAUCGAUGAUGACACUGUCAAGAUACUGGUCCAGUUUCUUAAAACGGAUAGGACAUUGAAACGUCUUACAAUCAGAGUCAGCCGUAUCACUGAUAGAGGAGUACAACUAUUGUUUGAUGCCUUAAAAAUCAAUGAAACAUUAGCAAUACUCGAUAUCAGUCACAACAAAAAAAUGAUGAAUUUCAAGUUUACAACCCCGAGGGAUGGCAUUCAAAUACUUUGUGAGCCCUGGCUACCGCCAUCAAAGCGUCCAAAUAAAAAUAACCAUGUUGAAGAAAUUCGUUUUUUUGCCGCAUGUCAUCGUUCUUCACAAUGA